AUGGCAUUGAAGCUUGACAUGAGCAAGGCUUACGACCGUGUUGAAUGGUCCUUCUUGGAAGCUCUUUUACUUAAAAUGGGUUUUGAUACUAGAUGGGUGAAACUGGUUAUGGCCUUAGUGGAGUCCGUUCGAUAUGGAAAUAAAGGUUGGAUUAAAUGGUGUCAAGUUACUUGUGGUGCUCCUCUAGUAUCUCAUAUGUUCUUUGCGGAUGAUAGCUAUCUGUAUUGUCGGGCCCUGGAGCAAAAUACUUCUAUAGAUGUUUGGGGUAGAAUUUGCUCUAUUUUGGGUAUGGUGGAGGCUGGAGACGAUGGCUUUUAUUUAGGUCUUCCCAAUAUCAUGAAGCACAAUAAAAAUGUGGUGUUGGGUUUUCUUAAAGAGAAGAUGAGGAAAAGAGUCGAGAGUUGGGAUGGAAAAUUUUUAUCUCGAGCGGGGAAAGAAGUUCUUCUUAAAUCAGUUGCCCAGUCUCUUCCAAAUUAUGCUAUGAGCAUCUUCUUAAUCCCAAAGGGUAUUUGUGAUGAGCUUGAGAAGAUGAUGUGCAAAUUUUGGUGGAAGUCUUCUUCAAAAGGUGGUACUGGCAUACAUUGGAUGAAUUGGGAUCGUAUGUGUGCUCCAAAAGAGUAA